ACACGCAGCCAGCGACGAACCCCAGAACAUUUCUCUCUGUUCCCAGAUAUUUCCCCUGCGCUUUUCUUCUCUCCUCCCUCAACCUCUCCUUCGGGAUUCAGUGAAUUAUCCUUCACACAACAUGCCUGAGGCACCACGGCCCGACGGCGGCGCCGCCGCCCCUUCCGAUGUUGAUGUCAUCACCACCGGCAGCCGCCGCAAGAUCCCUGCGCAUUCGUCUGUCCUUAUGUCGGCGUCGCCGGUGCUGGAGAGCAUCCUGCAGCGCCGCCUGCAGAGGGUGAAGGAGAGCGGCAAGCCCGGCAGAGCCGUCGUCCGGAUCCGCGGCGUCACCGACGACGUGGCGGCGGCCUUCGUCCGCCUCCUCUACGCCGGCAGGCGUGAUGGGGAGGUGGUCGACGAGGACGUCGAGAAGUAUGCGGAGCAGCUGCUCGUGCUGGCGCAUGCAUACGGCGUGCCGUGGCUGAAGCGGUGGUGCCAGGAGGCCAUCGGGUCCCGGCUGACCCCGGGCACCGUCGUCGACGCGCUGCAGCUCGCCGACCUCUGCGACGCGCCGCAGCUGCACCUCCGCUGCAUGAGGCUGCUCGCCAAGGAGUUCCGCGCCGUCGAGCGCACCGAGGCAUGGCGCUUCCUCCGCGACAACGACCCCUGGCAGGAGCUCGACAUCCUCAGCCGACUGCACGACGCCGACAUGCGGCGGCGCAAGUGGAGGCGAAAGAGCGCCGAGCAGAAGGUGUACAUGGAGCUCAGCGGCGCCAUGGACAGCCUCCACCACAUCUGCACGGACGGCUGCACGGAGGUCGGCCCCGUGGGGCAGGCGCCGGCCACCACGCCGUGCCCGUCCUACGCGACCUGCCGGGGCCUGCAGCUGCUCAUCCGCCACUUCUCCCGGUGCCAAACCCGCUCCAGCUGCCCGCGGUGCCAGAAGAUGUGGCAGCUCCUCCGGCUUCACGCCGCGCUCUGCCGCCUCCCCGAGGGCCACUGCAACACACCUCUCUGCACGCAGUUCAAGUGCAAGGAGGAGCAGAAGGAAGCGAUGCCGACUCCGGUGGCGGCCAAGGCCGGCGACGGCGGCGACGGCAGGUGGGGGCUUCUGGUGAAGAAGGUGAAGGCUGUCAGGGUCAUGUCUUCUCUCGCCAAGAGAAGCCCCGCAGUGUCCACCGAAUGUGUUCAUGAGGAUCAAUCCUCUCUCAGACUUGAGACAAUGUGUUGUUGAUCAAAGCAUCAGCCCGAGACAAGCUAGGUAGCUAGAUGUGUAGUGUACGCGUGUGCUGAGGCGGGGCUAAUUUUGGCCCGUCUUUGAGAUGUUUGGUCUGUCGAGUAAUGUAACAUAGUUCUAUUAUCCCAAGUUAUUCUUCUGUGGGUGGGAGGAGACGGGCGGAAAUGUGUUGUACAAACCGCAUGCACUGCAAUAUGAGCACAGUAUGUGAUU